AUGGCGCCCGGCCGGUGCCGGCGCUGAGGCCGCUCCGCUGCCGCGGGCCCGGGGUUCAUGUAAUCAAAGGAGUUUCUUUGUUGUAUCUUUUCAGAACACAACAGGAAUUCAAAAUGAAUCAGAACACAAGUGACUCCCCUGUUGCUGUGGAAACCUUGGAUGAUGUUCCUGAGCACGUGCUUAGGGGCCUUCCUGAGGAUGUGAGGCUCUUCCCAUCUGCUGUUGACAAGAGUCGGCUUGGUGUCUGGGCAACAAAGUCAAUUUUGAAAGGCAAGAAGUUUGGACCAUUUGUUGGUGACAAGAAAAAAAGAUCUCAAGUUAAGAGCAAUGUGUACAUGUGGGAGGUGUAUUACCCCAACCUGGGCUGGAUGUGUGUGGAUGCCACUGACCCAGAGAAGGGCAACUGGCUGCGCUACAUCAACUGGGCCCGCUCAGGGAAGGAGCAGAACCUCUUCCCUCUGGAGAUCAACAGGACCAUUUACUACAAGAGUUUGAAGGUAUCACUGAACAGAUGCUACUUUGUCAGCUUUUAUUAUUGA